AUGAAAGAUUUAAUAAUGCUAUCAGAGUUUAACAACGAAAUAGAUGGCUUGUUGAAUCAACAGACAUCGGAUAUCGAUAUCGACGGUCUAGAGUCACUGGACAACCGAUUGCAAUCGAUACUCUACGAGAAGGAUCUAUACGCCUCGAAGCUGCUACAGCUAGAGUCGUCACCACCGUUCGAUAUCAACGACCCUUCGCUCAAUCUCUCGAAGGAAUCCGCUUUCCUAGAGACCAACGCCUAUCACUCGGAACACCAAUCGAACAAGUACUAA